ACAACUUGUGUGUGAGUUUGAGUGACUUCAGCUACUGACACAAGUCUCUUCUGUGGCUAGUUAGCUAGUUAGAGGAGAAUUACAUACAUCAAAAUGGACGAGAGGCCGGAGACAGAGCUCAUCUCGAUUCCGGCGACGCCACGUGGAGUGUCCACGCCGGAGAUACAGACACCCUCCGGGCAGAGGUCUCCUAGGCCGCCGUCCAAGGAGGCCAGGUCGUCGGCGUGGACUCCGACGUCGUUCAUAUCGCCUCGGUUCUUGAGCCCCAUUGGGACUCCAAUGAAGAGGGUUCUGAUCAACAUGAAGGGUUAUUUGGAGGAGAUGGGCCACCUCACCAAGCUCAACCCUCAGGAUGCUUGGCUUCCCAUCACUGAGUCUCGCAAUGGAAACGCUCACUACGCUGCGUUUCACAACCUCAAUGCUGGUGUUGGAUUCCAGGCUUUGGUUCUUCCCGUUGCCUUUUCUUUUCUAGGCUGGAGUUGGGGAACACUUUCCUUAACCAUUGCCUACUUCUGGCAACUGUACACAUUGUGGAUCCUUGUUCAGCUACAUGAAGCUGUUCCCGGAAAGAGGUACAACAGAUAUGUGGAGCUUGCUCAGGCCGCCUUUGGGGAAAGAUUGGGUGUUUGGCUUGCUCUGUUCCCAACUGUGUACCUAUCAGCUGGAACUGCAACAGCUUUGAUUCUCAUAGGAGGAGAGACCAUGAAACUAUUUUUCCAGAUUGUUUGCGGGCCUCUCUGUUCAUCGAAUCCCCUAACAACAGUGGAAUGGUAUCUAGUUUUCACUUCGUUGUGUAUCGUCCUGUCUCAGCUUCCGAACCUCAAUUCAAUAGCCGGACUUUCAUUAGUAGGAGCUGUCACAGCCAUCACUUACUCUACAAUGGUUUGGGUCCUCUCUGUAAGCCAACCAAGGCCACCCACAAUGUCUUAUGAACCACUUCCAAUGCCAUCUUUCUCGGCUUCCCUCUUUGCAGCCUUGAACGCACUUGGUAUAAUAGCCUUUGCAUUCAGAGGUCACAAUUUAGUUCUAGAGAUUCAGGCAACAAUGCCUUCAACCUUUAAACACCCAGCUCAUGUACCCAUGUGGAAAGGAGCAAAGGUUGCCUAUGUCUUGAUUGCCUUGUGUGUGUUUCCUGUUGCAAUCGGAGGCUUCUGGGCCUAUGGAAACCUCAUGCCGUCUGGAGGGAUAUUGAAUGCACUGUACGGAUUCCAUAGUCAUGACAUCCCCAGAGGAUUACUUGCAAUGUGUUUCCUACUAGUUGUGUUCAAUUGUUUGAGCAGCUUUCAGAUAUACUCCAUGCCCGUAUUUGAUAGUUUUGAAGCUGGUUACACUAGUCGUACCAACCGACCCUGUUCAAUCUGGGUCCGUUCUGGUUUUCGAGUUUUCUACGGCUUCAUCUCAUUCUUCAUAGGAGUGGCACUCCCCUUCCUGUCCAGUCUUGCUGGGCUGUUGGGAGGACUAACCCUCCCAGUCACAUUUGCCUACCCUUGUUUCAUGUGGGUUCUCAUAAAAAAGCCUACAAAGUACAGCUUCAAUUGGUAUUUCAAUUGGAUCUUAGGCUGGUUGGGGAUUGCCUUCAGUUUGGCCUUUUCAAUUGGAGGCAUUUGGAGUAUGGUCAACAGUGGACUUAAAUUGAAGUUCUUCAAGCCGCCUAGCUGAGCUUAGUUGACAGACAUAUCAGUUUUCACCCUGUUUAAGAAAUCUGCAAUAUUUUGUUACAAUCUUUACUAUAUAUGUUUCUUCAAACUGUAUGUCUUUGUUGUAACUUGUAAGUGCAUAUAAGUUGUUUAUGGUUGUAAUGCAGUGCUUGAAGGAUAGUUUUCUACCUGGGAUACUAUGAUCACCCACAAUUUGAUUUUCA